AACUUAAAAAAAAACAUGUCUUUGGGCCGGCCUCCUUCCUCGUCCUCCUCCUCCUCCUCCUCCUCCUCCUCCUCCUCCUCCUCCUCCUCUUUGGGCGGCGAGGGUCUGCUGUCCGGCAGCCGGACCCGCUCCUAUGGCAGCCUGGUCCACUCUCCGGUUCGGGAGAGGCAGCUGGAGCAUCUAGUUCAGCCGGGGGAGACGCUUCAAGGACUGGCUUUGAAGUACGGCGUGACGAUGGAGCACAUCAAACGAGCAAACCGACUGUACACCAAUGACUCGAUCUUCCUGAAGAAAUCCCUCUACAUCCCGGUCUUGACCAAUCCGGAGGCUCCCUCGAGCAGCCAGUCAGAGGCCGGGAAAGAGGAGGGGGCGGGGCCGCCGCAGGGAGAGAACGGCUCGUCGGCCAAUGGGGCGGGAGGAGGCGGGGCCGGCGACUUGUCUGCCGCGGACUUCCUGAAGAGAUUGGACGGCCUGAUCAGCCAAUCAAAAGAGGCGGCCAUUAAAAAGAUCCAGGAGGGAGGAGAGAAGGGAUUACUGGAAGGCGACGCCCCUUUUCGCGCGUCGGCCUAUCACAGCUCUCGAGGGCAGAGCUCCUCCCCCCGGACGCAGCAGCGCGCCCUAUUGGGUCCCGUUCCGCUGACAAAGACCCGGCUCACUAAGUCUCUGCGGGACCACGAGGACGAAAUCUUCAAACUUUGAUACUGUCAUGUCCGUCCUGUCCCCUAUAGAAUGAACUACGGUUCCCAGCAUGCCUGUGCGCCUGCAGCAACGGCGAGGGAUGCUGGGAGCUGUAGUUCUUUAUGCCGCGGUCUCGUACCACAAGCGAUGCAACAGUUAAGCGUCCCCUUAUGGAAUUCAUGUAGCUCCAUAGAGUCGAAUGAAACCUGCUGAAUAAUGUCACGCUAACAUUUUAAAUUCCAUGCAUUUCGAAAUCUAACAUGAAAUACUGUCUAUUAGGGCUCACUUAUAAAGUGACCAGGCAGAGUACAGUGUUGUUAGUGUAGCUCCAUUCUUCCCUAGAGGCAAAUACACGUGCUGCACGACUACUGUAUAAAAACAGUCCAUUCAUAAUUGUGUCAUUUGAUUUUAGAGUUGUUUAUUAACACGGCUGUGUUUUUCUUACACUGUGCGUAAUGCAAUUUUUUUUACACCUCUUGUUUAAAAUAA